AUGGAGGGUUUAAUUCCUAUGUUAUUUAAGGCCAUCAAGAAAAACAAGAUUCGUAGGAAAUACAAGUGUCUUUCUAUGGGAGUUGCUCAAACUUACCACAUAGCUGAUUUCUAUGAUCAUGAUCAAGAUGACAUGUUGUACGCCCAUCAUAUAGAGACACGUGACAAGUUUAACGACGACGAACGACGAGACGGCCAUCGACGACGGUCGUCAUCUGCCGGUGAGUAUGGAAUCAACUAUUAUCAUGGUGAGGUAAAUGAUCAUGUUGGUAAGGUUAGCUCACCUCCUAAGCAGAUAAUUAAGAGAUAUAGGAGUCAUAGGAUGUUCUCUUGCUUUACGGGUGCUGUGUAA